CAUUCCAACAAAAACUUCUGUUGACGAGCCCAGUGCCUCCGUCGCCGGCACCGUUCUUCCGUCGUCGGCUAACCUCCCGUCGCCCUCAAUCGUCGGAAAACAAGUAAGUUUAUUUUUUCCGGCCAGUUUUCCAGUUUUCCGGCAAGUUUUCCAGUUUCCCGGCAAGUUUUCCAGUUUUCCGGCGAAAAACAGGGCGGGUCGAAAAAAAACUGCGGCCUAAACGCCGCCGAGCCGAAAAAAAAUUUCGGCCGGUGCGACGGCCGGCCGAAAAAUUCUUUCGGCCCGGCGACGCCGCGGCCGAAAUUUUUUUUCGGCCGGCCGCCGACCUCGCCUCCCAAAAAAUUUCCGGCGGCGUGUUCUUCGGCCGGCCGAAAAAAAUUUGCGGCCGGUGCGUCGUCGGGCCGAAAGAAAUUUUCGGCCGGCCGUCGCACCGGCCGAAAAAGUUUUUCGGCCCGACGACGCACCGGCCGCAAAUUUUUUUCAGCCGGCCGCAAACUGUUUUCGGCCCGGCGGCGCACCGGCUGCAAAAUUCUUUCGGCCCGGCCAGUUUUUGUAUUUAAUUUAAUUUAAUACGAUAAUUAAUUAAUAAAUAAAUACUUAAUUAGUUAGUAGAAAUUAGCAAUUAGUGUUAAUAUUUAUUUAAGUUGGUGUAUAAAUGUUUUUUUUUGUAAUAGGCGUUUGAAUGUUUAAUUACUUAGAUUAGUUAAUGGAAUUUUAAUUAAUUAAGAAUUGAUUUAACAAUUAAUGUUAAUAUUCAGUACAUUAGUUAAUAGAAAAUUAAUUAAUUUGUGAUUAAUUAACAAUUAAUUUUAAUAGUACAUUAGUUAAUAGAAAUUUAAUUAAUUUGUGAUUAAUUAACAAUUAAUGUUAAUAUUACAUUAGUUAAUAGAAAUUUAAUUAAUUUGUGAUUAAUUAACAAUUGAUGUUAAUAUUACAUUAGUUAAUAGAAAAUUAAUUAAUUAGUGCGCAUCUAAGUAUGAUAUUUUGUAAAUUUGUAGAUAAUUAGAUAUGGAUGAUGCGGGUGAUGCGGGUGGGGAUGAGUUGUAUAGAUUCAAUGGUAGGAUUGUUGAUGCAUCAGCACGAAGGAAGAAUAAGGAGAAUAAGCGCUCUCGAGAUAUUGGACAUCAGUCACAGGCAAAUUUAGGGGAGGAUGAGUUAGAGGCUCCAAAUGUAGUUGCUCGUUCGGCAUCACGGGCGUCUGGUUCCCAUGGGAGGAACCAGGGUGCUGCAUCCAGAGUGGUCUCGGCUGAGUUUGAUGAGGACGAUAGUGAUGAGGAUAUCGAGGUCCCUCCACUUACGCGUGGACAUGGACGAGUGCCGUCUCGUACGACAACAUCACGUCCUGCUAUGUAUAGGGACCGAGCUGGGCGAUUCGUACCACCUGCUCGUCAGGAGACAGAGAGCUCGGGGACUGGACGGAGUAGGGGAGGACGUUCGAGUGGUCCUCCACCGUGGGAGCUUGUUGGUGAGUGUCCUGGUGGACCUACGGAUCCUAGCCUCAUUAGGAGCUUUCGUGGCCACGUUGCCUAUGCGCUUUGGACGGGGGCUGGAGAUCGAGGAGUCAUCAGUUGCUACAGCCGUACAUCGGCGGUUGCUUAUUUGAGUAGCUACGUGUGUAGUCAUGUUGAGGCGGAGAAUCUGGUUCAGCAGUCAGGUCUCCAGCACCUGAUGUACUCUAUGUUCCGCAAGAUAGCGAUUGACGAUGCUUUGAUCUCAGCUUUUGUGGAGAGGUGGCAGCCAGACACGAACACCUUCCACUUGCCUUUUGGAGAGAUGACGAUCCUCCUCCACGAUGUUCAAUACUUACUGCAGAUUCCUGUUGAGGGACGACUGAUGAGUAGGAGUUCUGCGCAGCUUGACCAUCCGGAGGCGGGUUUGUGUGCGCUUCUUGGGAUGAACUCGGAGCAGUUGAGUGGUCGUUCGGAGGUCCCUGGAUAUAGUAAUAGGGGUAAGUGGUACGAGAAGGGUGGUUUUCUUGCAGAGAUGGCGUCCAGAUACUUGCAGAGCCACGGGACACAUGUGACAGAGGCGCAGUCGUACUUGUUGUUGUUGUUGGGGUCCACUUUGUUUGUGGACAAGAGUAGAGACAGGGUUCGGUCGGUGGUGAACCUAUUUUUGGACGAGUUGGAGGAGUUAGAUCAGUAUAGUUGGGCGUCAGGUACACUUGCUUGGUUGUACAGAUACCUUGGUCAGGCGUCUCGUGCUGGUUCCAGGGGGAUGGCUGGUUGUCUCACACUUCUGCAGUGUUGGAUCUACGAGUACUUUCCGGGUUUCAGGCCAUCUCACUUCGAGCCUGCCGCCGUUGGACCUGAUGAUGCUUGGGCUUCACGAUGGAUUGGGCAGCCGGCACCUGGUUCUGUGGCUGAUCCCAGUGUGAGGUUGGCGUUCUACCGUCGAGCUCUUGACAGCUUGACCCCUUCUGAUGUGUUUUGGACACCUUUCCAUCAGAGGCCUCAUCAGGCAGUGCGUCGCUCUUUGUACACUGGAGUCAUCCGGUUCGCUGACAUAGGCGAGUUCUAUGAUCCAGCCCGUUGUGGUUCUUCGCAAAACAAGUGUCGAUCGCACCUCUACCAGACACAAGGAAAGUCUUGAAUGAAGAGUGAGAUGACUCAACUCUAUUCGAGCUCGUGUUACCAAGAUGAAACACAUGGUUCGUGUAGCACAUUGCCCACAUUGUCUGAUGAGGCAACCACUCACCUCGCACGUAGUCGACCAUUUUUUUGUUCUUCACUGUCCAGACCCUCUCAAACUCAUUAAUCUUUUGAAGAAAACCCUCCUGAGUCCAACUCCAUGCAGCUUUGUCGAAAUAUUUCUUCCAUACCGCAUGUGCUACCUCUCUUUUUGCAAUUCCACCAAGUAACACUUCAAACUUUUGCUUCACACAGUUGUUGACGUGCCAUAAACAUAGUAGGUGGACAGUAUGUGGGAGAGGGAAGACCACAGGAAUAGAAGCAAGCAAACCACCUUCUUUGUCUGUCACAAUGACAUUCGGAACCGUAUCACCGAGCAACCCUUUAAUACAUCGCAGCAGCCACUCAUAUGUUUCCUUUGUUUCCUGCUUAAUAAUUGCACAUGCAAUGUUGAAAUUCUUCUUCACUGGAGUAACCCCAAUAAUCUCAACCCAUGGCCAGCCGUACCUGUUGGUCUUGUAGGUCGAGUCAAUGAGGAUGACGUACGGCCAUGCAUGCAACAUCUGAAUGGACGUCGGGUGCGCAAAAAACAGAUUAGUGAGCACAUUAUUAGAGUCCUUUUGCAAACAGAUAUGGUACCCACGAUGUUCAGCUCCGUGAAGCGCAAACUGUAUCGCAUCCAUUUCACCCAUCUCAUCCAAUCUUGUCUUGGAAUUUAUGUUGUACAUCUGUUUGAUAUCAUGAUGCACACCCCCUUCAGUAUUGAGUGUCGUCUUCUGCUGAUUUGGUCUCUCCCCCGCCUUCCUCAUUAAUCUUAACCUCUCUUUUUCAGCCUCACUAAACUGUUUGUUGUGUCGGUGAUGUUCUGGAUACAACACCUUUUCAUGGUUGUGAAACCCUCUAUUAGCUCCGGUUUCACGACUUGUCACUCCCACCAUGACCCAUGUGUUUGGACCAUCCUUUUGCCAUACUUCCUUUAUACAUAUCUGAAACUGGCAACCAGUACCCUUCGAACUAAUAUUCCCACGCGUCUCCUUCGUAGGGUCUGGUUUAUAAGACUUAACGAUCCUACUACUUCUGUCGCAAUACAUACAGAGGGCAGUAACAGGAUUCUGUCCAGCAGUAUUCGGUUUCCAUGCUCCUCUAACAAUAAAGAACCCACACUGCUGAGCGAUUGUUCUUGCAGCUAACUCAGCUAACUCCACACUUGCAUAAUGGAUCCCAUUCUCAAAUUCCUGUGUGUAAUCAUGAUCGGCCGGUAACAACUCUGACAUUUUUCCUACAAUUACAAUAUAAUAUAUCAAUAUUCCUGUGAACCUAAACGCUAAUUUCAAUUCUUAACCGCUAAAUUCAACUCCUAAACUCUAAAUUCAAUUCUUACACGCUAAAUUCAACUCCUAAACUCUAAAUUCAACUCCUAAAAUCGAAUUUUUCCGAAAAAUUGCAAAAACAGACUGUGGGCCGAAAAUUUCCGGCGGCCGGAACCUGGCCGGGCCGAAAAUUUCCGGUGGCUGGAACCUGGCCGGGCCGAAAAUAUCUUGCGGCUCAGCCUGGUUCCGGCCGCCGGAAUUUUUCGGCCCAGCCAGGUUCCGGCCACCAGAAAUUUUCGGCCCGGCCAGGUUCCGGCCGCCGGAAAUUUUCGGCCCACCGUCUGUUCGUUUCAAAUCGUCGGAAAAAUUGUUCGAAACUACAAAAAAAUUACGCACCUGCUUAGUGAUGAUUCAUUGAUGCGUGUACGCAGUAUAUGUCGAGGAUAGGCUUUCCCGAUGAUUUUCCGGCGACUUUUCCGGCGAGCGUUGAAUUUUUCUGAUUCAAUAUGUUCUCUGAAAGUUGGAUAUGUUGUAGAUUGUGAAACUCCUUACCCUAAUAUGUAUAUAUAUACUUUUUUUUUUUUUUGGUUGGCGGCAAAUAGCAAGCCCCAUAAUUAAUGACCAUUCAAAAU